CCCUUUUAUUCUUUUUCCCCCAAACUAAAAGCCUUUCUAGCAGGAGAAAAUAGUUGGCAACUCUGAGUGGAGCAGAGGUUGCAGUGUUGUACUACUGAAUUGAGGCAUUGUUUUCUCGAGAUAUCGUACAUUUUUCACUGGACAGGGGGAGCUGGGCGUGAAAAAAAAAAGGCACCUUGUGUGCGAUUUCUGGCACAGCGUUGGAGCGAAUAAAAUGUGAAUAAGUUUCUAGGCAGGAUUCAGCGUGGAUUCAAAACCCCUCACAAGUGGAGUUAACUCAGACAUUCCAAAGUUCUGACACAGCCCAGGGAACUCUGCUUCACAGCUUAUCUGAGGUUAGCCUGGUAUUUCACAUGCUGAAUCUGCCACUGAACUUUCACUCACUGCAGUACAAUGGCUCCAGCUCAGCCUGCACCGUAACGCCUGUAGACAGCAGAGAGCAAUCGGACCAAGAGCAGCGGUUGGUCAGAAAUGGAAGAGAAGCAUAAUUUGAGAUUGGAAACUGCUCAGAUAAACCCUUUUCUCUAAUUCCACGUGAUGACAAAGUAGUUCCUUUUUCACCAAGUCAUUUGCAGCGUCCAUCAUAAAGAUGAAUCGAUAGAGCUGCCAAAGCACUACUUGCUCAAAGUUAGGCUCCCUCAUAUACUGAGCAGUUCGCUCCUUCUGUUGGACAACAUUUGAGAGCCCAGCUGCUCACUUUAAACGUCAUUAUUCUCUGUUGGGCUUUAUCAGCUGGUGAAGCUUUCCUGUCUAUAAGUAAGACAUCUGUGAAGAGAAACACUCACUUAGAGUUCAGCCUGCCCAUCUUCGUAGAGCCUCAGCAAGGACAUUUCCAGACAUUGGUCGCUCUUCAGGCCAUGAUAUGACAGUCAAAGGAAAGAAUCAAAAGAAUAUUGAGUGUUGCCGUUUGACUAUUACUUCUGAAGAAAUAGCAGCUUCUGUGUUUGUGACUGUCGCACCAGGCAAGAUGAUAUCUGCCCAGUCAGCUGAAGAUGAAAAUAGGCUGAGUAAUUCAGGCAGUGAUGUUAAAAUAAGGCAUGUUGUUGGUGAAGGAAUGCUGGCUGUAGAUCCAAUGUCAGUCAUUCAGGGUCCUUCAGAGGCUGCUUUUGAGCUACCGGGCACACUGCCAGUGAUGUCUGUAGCACAACUGACUGCGAAAUACAAUGCUCAAAGUGGAAGUGUGUUUGAGGAGCGUGACAUGGGGGCUUCAAGCUCAAAAGCAGGAAGUUACAAUGUGACCUGUGAGUCGACUAGCCAGGGAAAUUGUAACUCCGGUCUGUCCUCUGAUCAAUCCACGGAGGAACUUGACAAAUCGUAUCGAACAGAUGGCGACGCAAACUGGAAGCCUGAGAGUUUCCCCUCUUACUUUGGUGGAGUAAUGAAUAGAAAGGCGAAGGACUCAACACAUGAAUGGCCUUCUGUGCAGCUCUCAGUCUGUAACCAGAUCAUCGAAGACAGUAGUCCACACGAUGCUUCAAACCUAAAGCACUAUACCGAUGGUGAAACUAAAAAGUACCAUGCUUUUUGCCCGGGACCAUGCUCACAGCAAACUUCAGUUGGUCAUGUUGAACAUAAUACAGCCUUCGGCUGUGCAUCAAAAGCCCUACUACAGUUUCAGGAGGACUGCAUUGCUGAGAGAGGACAUGGCAGUAAUGAGAGUUGCCCAGGCUUGCAUGCCACCCAGUUUGGAUUUGGUAGGGUCCAGCGAAAACUCAAGUUGAAGACCACGAUUGAUGGGUCUGUGGGUGGUUAUCCAAUGAGCCGACUUUCCCUGAAGCCAUCCAUCAUCUAUCCUGAAGAUGCAGGCUAUGGUGGUGAAGGAGGGAUGGGGGAUGAGUUUGAACGAAACAAAAAGGAGCGCUCCACUUUGCUCUUUAGACGGUACAAUAAGAAUAACCGAGAGGUGAAGAAAUCUGUGUACACGGGGUCAAGGGCACGCACAAGAACGUUACCAUUGGGGCAUAUAGGUGCAAAGGCCAGGAGGGUCAUCAACCAAAAGAGGAACAUAAACACUGACGUCAAACUUGCCAGAUUUCCUGACGAGAAGCUGCUGAUAUGUCAAGCUAUGUUACUGAAAGGUGGCAGACAUCAUGCCUGGUCUAAUUCCAGCCGGAAUAAGGUUCAUAACGCACUGAGAGAGGCAGGGGCAGCAGAGUCACUCAAUUACCUCCUGCAUCCAUCAAGAAAGAUCUUGGCUUCAGCAGUUGUCUACAGAAGCUGUGGAGGUGGGACCUGCAUGAAACUGUGUGUCCAUGACACUGUGCCUGAGCUCCGUGCCACCCUACACAGGACAGCAGUUUCUGACCACGUGGCUGGGGCUCUGCUAGAAGCAACUAUAGCCACCGGGGCAAGGAGUGCACUUCCAAGUCCAUUAGGGGCACCUAGUGGAAGAGCGAUGCUUAAAGAGCGCCAACUCUGUAUAACAAUGGCUGGCACGAGCACCCUGCCAUCCAAUGUGGCUGGCAUCAGCAAGGAACUGGCAGACCUUCGUCACCUGAUUCAAUUCCCUGAAGAGAUUGCCAGUAUUCUGACCGAGCAAGAGCAGGAACUCUAUCGCAAGGUCUUACCACUUGACUACCUCUGCUUUCUGACCAGGGAUUUAGCGAAUCCAAGUUGUUCUAAUAGGUCAUCCCCACUCAAGACCUCCACGUCAGCACCCACUCUCAGCGAUGCAAAUGGGAAUCACAAUGCAAUUGAAGAUCUUGUGUCAAGAUUUAAUGAGGUGAGUUCCUGGGUGACGUGGUUGAUCCUGACUGCCGGCUCCAUGGAAGAGAAGAGAGAAGUGUUCUCGUACUUGGUUCAUGUGGCCAAGUGUUGCUGGAACAUGGGUAAUUACAAUGCAGUGAUGGAAUUCCUGGCAGGCCUCAGGUCUAGAAAGGUUCUGAAGAUGUGGCAAUUUAUGGACCAAUCAGAUAUUGAAACUAUGAGAAGCCUGAAAGAUGCUAUGGCACAGCAUGAAUUAUCGUCUGAAUACCGAAAAGUAGUCAACCGUGCUCUGAACAUCCCGGGCUGUAAAGUGGUCCCCUUCUGUGGAGUGUUUCUGAAGGAGCUUUGUGAUGUUCUGGAUGGUGCAGCCACCUUAAUGAAGUUCCAGUCGCGCUGUGAUUCUCAGGAAGAUGCCAUCGAGUUUGUUGCAGACUACAAUGGUCAGGACCAUUUCUUUCAACGGAUUGGGAAAGAUGGCCUAAACAACAGUGAGAAAGAAUUCACGGUAAACAACAUUCUCCAGACCAUUCGAAGCUGUAACAGAAGCCUGGAGUGUGAGGAAGGUGAAGAAGGCGCCAGUGAAAGUUGCACUUCACGAAAGAACUCAUUCAAAGACAGGAGUAAAUAUCAGUUCAUUGUCGGAGAUCUGUCUGACUCAGAAAGCGAUUCCUUUGAGCAGUCCAGUGAGUGGGAUCUGAGUGGGUCAGAGGAUCAGCAAAAAGCAUUCUGUCAUGAGACGGAACUCAUUCCUUGGUAUGUGCUGUCCAUCAGAGCUGACAUCCAUCAGUUCCUACUGCAAGGGGCCACAGUCAUACAUUAUGACCAGGAGGCUCACCUCUCGGCACGCUGUUUUCUCAAGCUGCAGCCUGACAACUGUACUUUAACCUGGUCAAAACCGCCUACAGCCAGCCCAGCCAGUGCGAAGGUCAAGAGCCUGGUGUUGGGUAACAGUGUGGACCUGUGUAACAGCAAAUUUCAGCCGUAUGGGCACAUAGCUCUAAAUGGACUGGUGGAAGGUUUCUUGGACAUGUCUGCAGUGAAAGCUGUCUAUGUGGGACAUACAGGAAUUGAUCUGAAUACUGUAUGCAUUCAGAAUAAACUUUGCCAUAUGACACUUGAGGACAAUUGUGUGACGCUGCUCUAUGGGGUCCAUACAACCGAUAACCGUUUGUUACACUUUGUGGCUCCCAAGUACACAGCUAAGAUGGUGCACGAUGGAUUACAAGAGUUAAUGUCAGCUGUGCGUAAAAUGAGGAAGUUCCCUGAUCAGAGACUGCAGUGGUUGAGGAAGCAGUACGUCAGCUUAUAUCAGGAAGAAGGCAAGUUUGAAGGACCAACCUUGGCUCAGGUUAUUGAGCUCUUUGGAGGCAGGCGAUGGAUCACGAGAAACACAACCACAGCAACUUUGAACAGAAACACUGAAAAAUCCAACCUGCAGCGUAACAACACGUUGGGAAUGAGCACGGCCAAAAAGAUAAAGAAAUCUCUGAUCAGGGGUGAAAGCGGGGACAUCACUGAUGAGGAGACCAGUGCACGUAAGAGCCGAAGCUGCAAAGAAUCCCGAGCCAGGAGUGGUUCUGACCCUGCAGACUUUGAUGAACAGGAAGAAUCAGAGUUGAGCAUCAUCAUGGGUUCUCCCAGCUCUUGCACGCUCCCUACAAGAGCUCGUUCUCUCACCACUCCGUGUUCCACCACGCUGGGCCCUCCAACAUCAACUCCAGUCAGACCUGCCUCCUCUCCAGUCCUGUCAACUGUCAGCAAGGCCAAACCUGGCACCAGAGGGAGUAAUAGUUGGCAUGGCCGUGUAAAAGGAGGACUGAAAGGAUUUCAGGAUUUCAUGGUAUCCGACAGCAACAUGAGCUUCAUUGAAUUUGUUGAACUUUUCAAAUCAUUCAGUGUGCGAAGUCGGAAGGACUUGAAGGAUCUCUUUGACAUUUACUCUGUAUCAUGUAACCGUUCUGGCUUGGAAUCCACUCCAGUAUACACAAACCUAACGAUAGAUGACAAGAUCAUUGGGCUGCAGCCUGACCUAGACCUUUUGACAAGAAACGUAUCUGAUCUUGGUCUGUUUAUAAAAAGCCGACAGCAAAUAUCAGACAAUCAGAGACAGAUUUCUGAUUACAUUGCUGCAACCAGCAUAGUCACUAAUCGAGUGGAAAUUGCAUCCCUGGGAGAGAGCGGAAUGGGGAUCCUACAACUAAAUGACUUCUUGAUGAACUGUCAAGGGGAGAACCACACAUAUGAUGAAAUCCUCAGCAUUAUCCAGAAAUUUGAGCCAUCAAUUAACAUGCGCCAACAAGGAUUGAUGUCAUUUGAGGGCUUUGCAAGGUUUCUAAUGGACAAAGAAAACGCUGCUUCAAAGAACGAUGAAUCCCAAGUUAAUGUCGAGGAUUUACAGUACCCACUUUCAUAUUAUUACAUUGAAUCCUCUCACAACACUUACCUCACAGGGCAUCAACUUAAAGGAGAGUCCUCAGUGGAACUUUAUAGCCAGGUGCUGUUGCAGGGAUGCCGGAGUGUGGAGCUGGACUGUUGGGAUGGAGAUGAUGGUAUGCCAAUCAUCUAUCACGGUCACACACUCACUACAAAGAUCCCAUUUAAGGAUGUCAUUGAAUCAAUCAAUCGAAGUGCAUUUGUAAACUCUGAGAUGCCAGUAAUUUUAUCGAUAGAGAAUCACUGUUCAUUGCCUCAGCAGCGUAAGAUGGCCGAAAUUGUUAAGAAUGUCUUUGGAGACAAACUGGUAACAAAAUUUCUGUUUGAGAGUGACUUUGCGGAUAAUCCAAUGCUUCCAUCCGUGUGGCAACUCCGAGGCAAAAUCCUUCUCAAGAACAAGAAACUGAAGGCCCAUCAGACUCCAGUAGAUAUACUUAAACAAAAGGCUCACCAGCUGGCCAACCUACAGGCACAGGCCAGCAACGGCAACCCGACUGGUCUAGGUAGCCCAAACAAUGAUGAGGAAGAUGAUGAAGACGAUGACUACGACUAUGACUAUGAGUCUCUCUCUGACGACAACAUUCUCGAUGACAGGCCUGAGAGCAAGCCGUCGAGUGAUAAAUAUCACUUUGAAUAUUCAGAAGAAACUCCACGGAGAAUCAAAAAAAUAUCAACUGACGCAAUGUUACACAGCAAGGAAAAGACAAAGCAAAAAAGAUUCAUUGUUUAUGACAUGGAGUUGGGUGAAGAGUUCUACCUGCCCCAAAACAAAAAGGAGAGCAGACAGAUAGCACCCGAACUCUCAGACUUGAUCAUCUACUGCCAGGCCAUCAAGUUCACAGGCCUUUCGACCUUAAAUGCAGCAGGAUCAAGCAGAGGCAAAGUGAAACCCAACAGGAAGUCAAAUAGAAUGAGCCCUGGGGAGUCAAUGACAUCAAUUAAGGCAUCUGGAAGAGCCACUUCUUUUGAAGGUCUGAGAAAGAACUGCGAAGAGCCAUCUUCUCCUCCGUUUAAUCCAACCACCUCCCUCAGUGCUAUCAUCAGGACACCCAAGUGUUAUCACAUCUCAUCGGUGAAUGAGAACACUGCCAAGCGGCUUUGCCGACGUUACUCCCAGGAAUUAAUCCAACAUACGGUCUGCCAGCUGCUCAGAACAUACCCUGCUGCUACUCGGAUUGACUCCUCCAAUCCAUCGCCUCUCAUGUUCUGGCUCCACGGGAUACAGUUGGUUGCUCUCAAUUAUCAGACAGAUGAUCUCCCAAUACAUCUGAAUGCAGCCAUGUUUGAAGCCAAUGGCGGAUGUGGCUAUGUCUUAAAGUCACCAGUCUUAUGGGACAAAAACUGUCGAAUGCACAAUCAGUUCUCUCCACUGGAACGAAUAGAGAACAUGAGUCCAUCCUUAUAUUCUCUAACUAUCAUUUCUGGACAGUAUGUUUGUCCCAGCAACACAUCAGGGAGUCCAUGCAUUGAAAUUGACGUACUCGGUAUGCCACAGGACAGUUGUCACUUUCGCACCAAGCCCAUUCAUCGCAACACCCUGAACCCCAUGUGGAAUGAGCAGUUCUUCUUCCACGUUUACUUUGAAGACCUUGUUUUCCUACGUUUUGUGGUGGUGGAGAAUAACAGCUCCACUGUAACAGCUCAAAGAGUGGUGCAAUUAAAAGCCCUUAAAAGAGGAUACAGACAUCUACAACUAAGAAAUUCUCAUAAUGAAUCUCUGGAGAUAUCUAGUCUCUUCAUUUAUAGCCGAAGGAUGGAAGAAAACAACGCUGGAAACCUUAUACCUUCAUCAGUGCUGUUUAACAGUGAGGAUCACAGAUCUGAAGCCAGUUACCAAGUGACAGUUCAUGGAGUGCCGGGUCCUGAACCAUUCACUGUUUUUGCUGUCAAUGAGAAGAUCACAGCCAGGCAGUUACUGUACAAAAUUGUAGGCGUUUUGGGUGGCUCAGAGGCAGACGUGGCCGACUACUUCCUUGUGGAAGAGAAAACAGCUCUUUCCAAAGAUAAGAAUGAGUGUAAGAAACAGCCACUCCAGAGGGUCAUUAGUCCAGAGGAAGAGAUACUGAAAAUUCCACAGUGUUGGUUCCCAGAGGAAGGACUUGUCGGAAAAAUAGUCUUCAAAAGCAAGGAGGAGGAGCUGAACCAAAGAAACUCCAUGAAUGAAGAGCGUGAUGAUUUGAGCUGCAAUAGCCCUCCAACAGAAGCUGACAGUUUCUUGGUUCAGGUGCAUGAUGUCUCCCCAGAACAGCCACGGACUGUCAUCAGAGCAUCAAAGUUCAGCACAGCCCAGGACAUUAUACUACAGGCAUUAAGUAAAGCCAAGUAUUCCUACAGCAUCCUGAGCAACCCAAAUCCCAGUGAUUAUGUCCUUGUCGAGGAGGUAACCAAAGAGCCAUUAAACAAGAAAUCGUCAAUGGCAAAGCCUGCUCUUCGAAUCCUUUCUGAAAAUGAGAGUGUGUUUGUAGCUCAGAGCAGGUGGAAAGGAGCAGGAAAAUUCAUCCUCAAGCUCAAAGAGCAAGUUCAGGCUGCGCAGGAGAAGAAGAAAGGCCUUUCUUUUGCUAAUGAACUGAAGAGGUUCACAAAAUCGAGCAAACAGAGUCGGAGCUUUUCAAUCCCACUUCAGGCAAGCCCUCCAGAAAACACCCAGAGUAAAGAGGAGAAAGCUACAUGUAAUGUGUCAUUUGCUGAGAUCACCGAAUAAAGAGAUCACAUUGCAGAAUGUGACUGCCCAGGUUGUUGUAAAAUUGACCUCCUUAGUUCUUCACUAGUACUGUGUCGAAAUGAAGCAGAGGAACUUUUAGCUAAUACUGGAGAAAACCAGAAAGGAUGUAACAUCACCCCUUUCUUUGUCUCCUGGUAUUUUCACUCUUCUGAAAAACUGGAAAUUGCACAAACAACGAAGUCUAGUCAUUGGAAUGAAAUGCAUCAUUUAGUACAGGUGAGAGAAGAUAUUGAGUCAACAACAAGUUCCAAUCAAGCUUGUUUCGAUAUAUACAUAGUUUUAACAAGGAAGAAGACACAUCUGCAAGCAACCACCACUGUUCAAACGGAAAAGAAAUUGUCUUCAAAAGUACUGGGUAUAGAGAUAUGCAGGUAUAAACCUAAGAACUUUACAAGUUAUAAAUUGCAAAACAUUGUGCACUUUCCCAAUCACUUAUUUCCUUAAUUAUUUGAAGGAUUUGUAUGUUUAAAUGUGCCUAUUUACUUUACGAUACAGAAUCUUGCUAGAUGCCAACUUCAGUAGUCAUAUUAAGCUGAAUUGUCACACAAAGUUACUUCUUUUUGAUGUUUACAAGAUAUUUAAAUUUGCAAGAGAAUAAUUUCUGAUAGAAUGUGCUGAAUCCAUGCAUUAAACCUAUGAAAAAAGUGUUAAGAAAAUGAUGUAAUUUUACUGUAGUAGAAAAUCAUGUAAAUUUUGAGAUAUAUAAAAUACUGUCCUACAUUUGUACUGAAAUAUUAUAAUUAUUAGACAGAAUUAUUUAUUUAAGCAGAGAUUUAACACUUUGCAGUUAAAGUUACUAUAUUCUCAUGUUUAGUUCCAAGUGGUAAGCUUAUUUUGAUACUCCAAAACACAACUUUUAAUUUUUUUUAUUUACAAUUGCCCACUUUCACGAACAUCUUAUAACUGUGUGUGUAUAUAUGCGUAUUUGAAUUCCUUGUGGAAAAUUAAGUCAAACAGGAAAGUAAUUUCCAUUAAGUAUUUGAGCAUUUUUCCUUAAUUGCUGAUGAACAUUUUAAUUUUUUUGAUACAUUGUGUUGGUAAUCCAAAAUUAUUUUUAAAAAACAUACCAUUGAAUUGUGCAAAAUAUGUAAGUGUUUUUGGCAGCUUCUGAGUGCCUAAGUUACAUAAUAUAGUGGCUAAGUUGCUGUAAUGUUUAAAUGCUUUAUUCAAUAUGUUAUGAUUUUGAAACACUGACAUUUAACGACAGUUCAAAUAGAGCUAUAGCAGUGACACAUCAAACCAUUGACCAUAGGACUCACUACGGUAUUAUACAAAAUAUGUGGCCUACCCAAACUGCAGUAAUACCAGCAACAAACACUGAUAGAAAGGCUUUAAGGCUCAUGAAACUUGCACUGCAGAGUUUAUUUUCUCAUGUGUCUGACUGAGCUAUAACUUAUCAACUCUGCAACUUGAACAACAAAAGUGAAACUUUAUCAUUCAAAAAUAUGACAGUAACGUAUAACACACACUAAAUGGCUUGUAUUAAGUGAAUUAAGUUUUGAGUAAUUUCUAGGAACAGCCAUCGGCUGUUACAAAAUUGUUUAGUUAGAACUUACUUCUUUAAGGCACUUAACAUUUUCCGCAUUUUCAUCCACGUAUUACAGAUUAUAAAAAAAGCUUAAGUGUAUAGUUUACUCCCUGCAUUUUCUUGCUUACAAAAAAAAUGAAAACAAGGGAAGAGCUGAUAUUCCUGCUUUACUAAAUGUAAAAUUAAUAUUUCUGAUUGAUGUUACCUCAGGAACUCUGCUAGAAGAUUCAGAUAAAAAUUAGGUGGGUCAUUCUCAUCUACAAACUAAAUAUUGUUUAGAUGAGUUUUAGUUGAAACUUUUAAACAUACCCACAUAGUUGUCAAAUGAUGUCAUAGUCACCACAUGAAAGUUAUUUGCACCAUUUUUGUAGCAGAGGUGAUAUAACUUGCCAAUCCAGAACAUUCUCUUAACUGCUACCAGACAGGAACAUUGGUUUCCUGGAAGUUCAUGUCCUUUAUUAUUAAAUUGUUGUGCAAAGUGAGGGCACCAGGUGACAUUUGACAAACAAAAGCAUGGGUUGCUGUAGCUCCUUUAAUUUUAAUAUUGCAUAUCCUCACAAAUGUCAGUAGUUAUUUAUUUCCUUUUUUUGUGCUGAAAUUACAGUGUGUAACAGCUAUCACAAUCAUAUAAUUUUUUUAUUAAUAGAUUAAUACUUCUUGAAUAAUGAACAGUGUUGUUGAAUGCAUGUUCUGUAUUGAUAUUGAACAGUGGAAAUACACUUUGUUCAUUGACCAACACGUUCUCUGGCUAGAGCAUUUGUUUUUGAUAUUCCUAACUAAUCUCUGCUCAGUACAAAUAGAGGUUUUGUGCCUCUGUUAGUUUGCCCUGACAUCAGUGUUCUUUUACACAAGUUUUUUGCUUUUUUUUCCCUCAAGUCUAUUGUUGUUUUAAACAAACCUUUUUAGAAGGUCAGUGAGGGCCAGUUGAAACAAGUUUCAAUGGUUCACUCUUGCCACUUGUACUUGUGAACAUACAUCUAGUGGAGACUGCACAGGCAAGGUUUAUGUCAUAAAAUGAUUACAGGCUCAUUCUGGGUGAUGUCACAGUACAUUCACUGGGCAUUUACUUAAAGGCUGGUAUUUAUGGUCUUAAAUUUUGUAAAUAUGACAGUUGAACUGUAUAAUGCAUUUCCCUUGCAUUUAUUUAUCAGAUUUAACUAUUGGGUAAAUACUAAAGUAAAUUACUGUUGUCAGCAUUUGUGCGUGUGUGAAAACCACACUUCAUCUAUUAAUUUUACUGUAUUUAGUUCUAUUGACAGGUAAAGGAGAUGUCGUGAUUUCUGAAGGUGUUGGUACUGAGAAUUUUAACAGUGCAAUGUUAUGUUUUUAAAAGGUUGCAAAAUUGUGCCAAAUGUCCUUUUUUUUAUACAAAUUGUUUUCAGAUUGUACAUGAAUAUGUGUUAUGAAUUAAAUGUUUGGUGUAUUUAUAUCUGUAACUGACUUGGAGAAUUAGACUAUUAAUGUUGAGUUGAUCAGAAUAAAUAUCAAGUCUGUAAGAAAA